CGUACCCGUUGUACUUAUCAGUGAUUAUGGAGAGGGUCAGAGAGUCGGAAGCAAAAGUUUGAAAUGUCCCAAUCUUCGCCCAAGGACAUUCUCCAUGAAUGUCGAUUCAAGAGUGAUCAUUUUCAGAAUCUUCAUUUGUUGAGUAAAGAAGGCAGAAUCGAUGGGGCACCUAAUUUCAGACAGGUGAAAGGAUUUCCUGUUUAUGGAACGGCCCAGCCUUUGAUCAGAGGGUUUGAGAACGUUCUAGACAAAGUUAAUCAUGGUUCCGAGACCAAAGCCAAUAAGGUUAUCUGGUUCAAUAUGAGGAAGGAACCGGUGAUCUAUAUUAACAAGAUUCCAUAUGCACCUCGAGAUCCAGAAAGAAUGCAUGAAAAUUUGAGUAUUGAAGCCUCGUUGGAAGAUUAUGAGGCUAUGGAGGUUUCAAUCAUGGAUUUGGCCAAGAUGAGAAUGGAGAUCUCUGGUGAUUCCACUUUGAAAGUGCACAAAGACUCUGGAUUCACCGAGAACCCUUUGGAAAGGUCGGAUCGUCUUGAGUCGGUCAAGGUGAAAUCGUUGCAAGGCCAACGGGAAAUCUGGUCUAGUUUGUCCGAUAAAUAUCCUCAUCUUCGGAUCUUAAAGAUUCCUAUUUCCGAAGAUCAAUGCCCUACUGAAGAAUCCUUGGACAUGAUCGUGGAUGCCUUGAAAGGGGAACCAGCUGCCACACAAUGCGUUUUUAGCUGUCAAAUGGGACGAGGAAGAACGACAAUUGGAAUGAUCUUAGCUUGUCUGAUCAAGGAGAUUCAAAUUCGAACUGAGUUGAAGAAGCUACAAGAACUUCACCUGGUGCCUGAAGAGACAAUUGCCAAGCUCAUUGCCGUCCAUUUUGAGACCAAAACCAAGGCCAAAUCCACCCAUGAACAAGACAAUUUACUUCGAGGCAAAUUCGAUGUCAUCAAGGAACUGCUUCAAAAGGAGAGCAGAGCAAAAGAGGCCAAGAAGAGUUUGGAUCGGAUCAUUGAUAUUUGUGGUCCACCUCCCAAGGGAUCGGGGCUGCAGAACCUCAGAGAGUGCAUCAUUGAGACGAAAUGGAAGUACGAUGUGGCUCCUGAGGAUAAGCAAAUUGUAUGGAGGGAACUAAUUUUGAACUUUAUGGAAAGAUAUUUCAUCCUGAUUUGUUUUGCCACUUACGCCUUGGAGUUUGGUCCGGAAGGUUUCCAAAGAUCCUUCAAGUCUUGGAUGGACGAGCGAAGUUACUUAAGAGAUAUGAUUGCUCAAGGCAAGGACAAAUUGGAAUGGUACCGGCAAGUGGAUCCGGUUAAAUUGAACACGCUUAAAGAACUCAUCAGUGCUCCAAACUACAAAGAGAAUCUGGGCACUCUCAUUCAAACCAUCUAUGAAUUUGCCUUUGUCACCUAUGGAGAUUUGCCCAGGGGACCCAUCAAGAAUAAUUCCAUGAGAAAGUUAGCAGCCAAGACUCUGUUGGAGAUCAUGCCAUCAGAAAUCCACGAGGAAGUUCAACGCAAACUAGAUGAGCACAUGUCAUCUCCGGAUUUCAUUACACUGAUUGGAUUGGUGAGCUACCAUGGCAAGGAGGGACCACAAGGUGUAUAA